CCAAGCUCCAACCUGUCGGCGUGCAUGUGAACAAUUUCGUCGACUCCACAGGCAGCAACACCAAUGCACCCCUGAACUGCCAACGCCUUUACAGAAGAGUAUUUUGCCGACAGGACCAGUGCUGCAUACAAGUCACACGACACCACCAGGCGUCAACAACCACAACAACACCAGAGCAUCUACGACCUCCACCACCACAGCCUACCAUGGCGCCCCUAAAGAUCUCCAUACCAAAUGCACACACAAAGACCCCCGACUCCGGCAAACCUUACACAGAAUACACAAUCAAAAUCGACCACCCCUUCCCGCGCGCAACAUGCUCGGUGUCAAAACGCUACACCGACUUCUCCAACCUCGACUCCGCGCUGCGCUCCUCGGUCGCCGCACCACCCGCCUCCCUCCCGCCAAAAUCAUGGUCUCUCUUCGGACUCGGCAGCUCGCUCGGGUCAACAGAGCAGAUCGAGAAGCGGCGGCAGGGGCUUGAGGAAUAUCUACGCGCGAUCGAGAACAGCGAGGAUGCGCGGUGGAAGAGCUGCAAGGCGUACAGGGAGUUUUUGGGACUAGAUGACGAGGGGGCGAAGAAGUUGGCCAGCUUCCCUGGGAGUCAGUUUGGCAAGGACCGUGUGAGGGACAGCAGCGACUGGCUCGACAAACACGCCGAAGUCAAGUCAUCUCUACAGGAUGCGCGGCGCUGGCUAACAGCACGUGAACAAGCCACCGCGGCUUCGGCCCAGCACGACGCCGCCGCAAACGCAAAACGCUCUCUCCUGCGCGCGGGCUCGCUUCUCUCCGCGCUCGAGGAAGGCCUGCGGCGCCUCAGCGGGACAAGCGGCGAUGAGUGGAGCGGGGAGAAACUCGGUGACGGCGAGGUACGCAGGCGGAAAGACAUGAUAGGCAGUUCGCGCAAAGAGCGUGACGGCCUCGAAAGCGUCCUGAACACCAUGGCCGCCAAAGCCGCCCUCAGCGGUUCCGGAACCCUCUCCACACCCUCGACUUCCAGCGCCGCCGUCACCGCCGAGCAGAAAGCCGGGCUCUUCAAAGGAAGUUCGAAACCCUCCGGCCGCCGCGUGCUGGGUGGUGCGCCCGUGGAAACGGAGCGCACGCGUGAGCUUGAUAACGAGGGGGUUUUGCAGUUGCAGAAGCAGAUUAUUCAAGAGCAGGAUGCGGAUUUGGUAGAUUUGUCGACGGUGGUGAAGAGGAUGAGGCAGAUGGGGGUGGCUAUUAAUGAGGAGAUUGUGGAGCAGAAUGCGAUGCUCGGGUUGUUGGAGGAGGAUGUCGAGAGGGUGGACGGGAAGAUUCGGAUUGCGAAGAAGAGAAUUGACAAGAUUCGUUAGGUAGGGCGAUGAUGAUGGAGCGUGGGGUGUGGGAUGUGGGAUGUAGGGUUUGUGCAUUAUAGCGGGCGUUUUGGGUGGUGUAUAAAGCGAGUGAGUAAUUGGAUACCCUUGAGUUCGAUUGUGUGCUAGAGUGCAGAGAAGCUGAUGUGACACGUAUAAGUCGCCAUAUCGAUACAGCGUACAAGAGGCCAUUUCCAGGCCAAAGAGUGAGUCAAACGGGCUGAGCAAUGACCAUAGUUGCUGCAUCUGAGUACACUGCCAGCAAUUCGCCCCCGUUCGUCUUACACGAACCUCUUCACCAAGCCAAACUCCAAACUGCCUACACUCCCAUAUUCUAC